AUGUCAAAGGUCAAUACAUUGUUUGCUUAUUUCUCCAAGACCCCCAAGAAGACGGAAGAUAGCCAGGUGCUGUCUCCUAAGAAUAAUACCAAAUCGAAAACUAGUAAUGGAACGCCUGAUGCUGGAAAGCAACAUUCAAAAAAUGGCGACAUCCCACAGGAGUUCUCUGUUGGGGACGUUGUGUGGUCAAAAUUGGAAGGUUACCCUUGGUGGCCAAGUUUAGUGUGUAAUCAUCCCACGACCAACACUCAUCUGAAGAAGGGAAAAGUACCUGAAGUACAUGUUCAAUUUUUUGAUGAUCCAGUUUCUAGAGCAUGGGUUAAGGCAAAGUUUGUCCGGUCAUUUACUGGUGCGGAUUCCAAGGAGGCUCGAACUGGAGGAACCUAUUUCUCCAUGGAUCCUGCUCAAAGGAAAGGAGUGACUGGUGCUGACAAAGCAAUGAAAAUGUCAAAAGAAGAACGUUUAGGACUUGUUGUAGAACUACAACCAUCUGAGGAUGAAGAUGAAAUGAAAGACUUGGAUAAUAUGUUUGAUGAAUCAAUGAGUGAAGAAGAUGACUCCGAAAAAAGUAAAGAAAAUGUUAACAUUGAAAAAUCUCCAAAGGAAUCCAAAUCUAAAGAGAGUCCAAAGAAAACUCCCAAAAAAGGCACCAGGAGAUCUGAAAGGAGUAAACCAAAAAGGAGGAGGAUUAUUGUUGAAUCUGACAGUGAUAGUGGAGAUUCUGCUGAUGAAUACAAAGUGCCAACAAAGUCUGGCAGUGAAGAGGAGGAGGAGGAGGAGGAUGAUGAUGAUGACAGUUUGAGCAGUGGAGUUGAUGAAGAAGAACUUUCAGAACCUGAAUCUGCAUCUGAACCUGAACCUUCACCAGUUAAACGGAAAUCCAUUGGCAGCAGUUCCACUCCGAAAAACAGUUCAUUUGUUGCCUCUCUUGGAUCAGCUACAAAAUCCAAGUUGUCUUUGUUCUCAGCUCCUGAAUCAAAUUCAUCUGGUGGGGCUGGUGAUGCUAGUGAAGGCUCGACUACUUAUUUGCAUCAAACACUGGACUUUUUGAAACCUGAAAAAAUAAAGGAUAUUAAUGGUAGAAGCCCAGAUCAUCCAGAAUAUGAUCAGAGAACUCUGUAUAUACCAGAAUCCUUCAAAAGUAAAGUCACUCCGGCUAUGCGCCAGUGGUGGGAUCUGAAAUCUAAGCAUUAUGACACGAUUCUCUUCUUCAAGGUUGGAAAGUUUUAUGAACUUUUUCAUAUGGAUGCAUUUAUUGGAGUAAAGGAAUUAGGCUUAAUAUACAUGAAGGUUAGUAGAUUCUUAUGUUUUUGUUUUCUGUGUGAAAAUUGUUCUUGUUUUUGCCUGUUAUGA